CCUUCCCACUAUUAUUAAAUAUUUGCCAAGAAUCUCUGCCAGCCUCUCUCUCUCUACCCCACUCGAGUACAUCUCUCUUCUUGCAAAGUUUGUUACUUUAGCACUGCAAGUUUGUUGGGUGUAUAUUAAAAUAAAAAUUUGUUUUUCUGGUUCACUUCAUAAUUUCCAGUUGUGUUUUGUUACUCAUGUCUGCUGGAAAGGUUCUGUCUUUCAUGGACACCCCAAAGCUCUGCAAAUUUCAGAGCUUUAGUUCCCAGAAAGCUAGAGGAUUAGUUCCCUCAGCUAUUUUCACCAAACCCAAUUCUGGGUCUUUCCAUAAGCUGCCUUCUCAUUGCUUUGCUCUCACUACUUGUGAGACUUGUUUAAUUUAAUCUCCCUUUACAUCUUGCUUCAAGUUACAACUCAUAGUAUAGAGAUUAAUUUAUUCAUUUUAUUAUUAUUUUAUUGGUCUCUAAUCUCUUCUUCAUCGUUGAGGAGGCUGGGGUAGAGAGUAAAAUUAUUAGAACUGUUUAUGGGAUGGGGGUGGUGAUGCCAGCCAUUUUCCAGCUGGUUAAUCUCUGUGUCAUUGGCUUUGCUUUAGCUCUCCAAGGAUCUGCAGGGUUAAAUCUAUCACCAUCGCCAGAACCUCUCUCUGUGAAUCCUCCUAUUGAAACAGCACCUGCUCCUCUCUCUCACAGAAAGUCAUUCACAAGCAAUGUACCAAUCCCCGCAUUACAGCCAAAUGGGUCAGAUUUGCACCCUCCGCCUGCGAUGCCACCUCUUAUGUCUGCCCCAGUGCCCCAAAAGAUCAAGGGACAAGUACCAUCCUUGUCACCAAGUAUUCCCGAAGUGCUGCCACCAGAUGAUGCAGCUCGUCCACCACUAAGUGUUGAAGGUCAUGUACCGUCUGUGCCACCAAAUAAUGCUCCUCCACCACCAAGUGUUGAAGGUCAUGUACCGCCUGUGCCACCAAAUAAUGCUCCUCCAUCACCAGGUGUUGAAGGUCAUGUCCCGCCUGUGCCACCAAAUAAUGCUUCACCACCACUAAGUGUUGAAGGUCAUGUCCCGUCUGUGCCACCAAAUAAUGCUCCUCCUCCGCGAAGUGUUGAAGGUCAUGUACCACCUAUGCCACCAAAUAAUGCUCCUCCAUCACCAGGUGUUGAAGGUCAUGUCCCGCCUGUGCCACCAAAUAAUGCUCCUCCACCACCAAGUGUUGAAGGUCAUAUACCGCUUGUGCCACCAAAUAAUGCUCCUCCACCACUAAGUGUUGAAGGUCAUGUCCCGCCUGUGCCACCAAAUAAUGCUUCACCACCACUAAGUGUUGAAGGUCAUGUCCCGUCUAUGCUACCAAAUAAUGCUCCUCCUCCGCGAAGUGUUGAAGGUCAUGUACCGCCUGUGCCACCAAAUAAUGCUCCUCCAUCACCAAGUGUUGAAGGUCAUGUCCCGCCUGUGCCACCAAAUAAUGCUUCACCACCACUAAGUGUUGAAGGUCAUGUCCCGUCUAUGCUACCAAAUAAUGCUCCUCCUCCGCGAAGUGUUGAAGGUCAUGUACCGCCUGUGCCACCAAAUAAUGCUCCUCCAUCACCAAGUGUUGAAGGUCAUGUCCCGCCUGUGGCACCAAAUAAUGCUCCUCCACCACCAAGUGUUGAAGGUCAUGUACCACCUGUGCCACCAAAUAAUGCGCCUCCACCACUAAGUGUUGAAGGUCAUGUGCCGCCUGUGCCACCAAAUAAUGCUUCUCCACCACUGAGUGUCGAAGGUCAUGUACCAUCUGUGCCACCUACUCCUCAAACAAAGGCACCAGUCAAUAAGAGUCCAAUCUCAGUGCCAGUUGCUCCAGUACCCAUUGCAACACCUUCGAGGACAUUACCACAAAUUUCACCAGCCAUCCAUUCAAGUACACCAGACACAUCACCAUUAAGUGCUCAUCAAAGACAUGCGCCAGACAAUAAGGUUCCCAUACCAGAGCCACUUGCUCCAGCACCUGUUUCGUCAUUGCCGAGGACAUUGGGACCAAAUCCACCUGUGAUGCAUCCGAGCACACCGAAUAUAGCACCACCUAUAUUACCUGUACCAGUUGCUUCACCAACAAGCAAAUCACCACAAAACUCGCCGUCCAUUCACCCAGUUACACCUGGAGAAUCUCCAUCCACAUUUCCUGAUCCUGAAGUCUCUCCUGCAUCAUCUACUCCCCCCAGCAUCAACUGGAAAAGGAAUCCAGCUGUUGCACCACCAUAUGAAGCUCCCAAGCCUUCACUACCCAUGGACCAUACCCCAGCUAAAGCUCCUUCCGUUCACAAACCUGUGGUAUCAUCUCCUCCCUCCAGCACUAACUGGAAAAAGGGUCGAAUACCAGUUGUUGCACCAUCAUAUGAAGCUCCCAAGCCAGCAAUACCCAUGGGCCAUACCCCAGCUAAAGCUCCUGCUGUCCGCAAACCCGUGAGACAUUAUAAGUUUGCUCCUGCACCGUCUGAUUCAUCCCCUGAACCUCCUUUUGAUAAGGGGCAUAGUUCUCCUGCAUCUUCACCUUCAACGUAUAAGAAUCAUCAUGUGAGGAACAAAGUCACCAGUCCUGCUCUUACACCAUCAUAUCUGGUUUCUCCUUCCACUUCAAAACAGCCAGGUCCAGUGAUCUCACCAGCAUCGUUUCAAACAGGCAGGCAAAGACACUAUGGUUCUCCACCCCUAAAUCCAGGGUCUUCAGUUCCUCCAUCUCAUUUACCUGUCACUCCGUCAUUAAGCCAUGUUUCCCCUGCUCCUUCUCCGUCUCUAAAAGAUGCACCUCACUAUACCAAAAUGCCCCCUAAGCUUUCUCCAUCGGGGUCUUCGGCAAAAAGCCCAAAAGUGCCACCCCUGCCACUUGUUCAAGCAUUCCCACCACCACCUCCCAAUGAAGAUUGUUCAUCAACUAUUUGCACAGAUCCCUAUACAAAUACCCCUCCUGGGUCACCUUGUGGCUGUGUCUUGCCUUUGCAAGUUGGACUGCGACUUAGUGUUGCUCUGUAUACCUUCUUCCCCUUGGUUUCAGAGCUAGCCCAGGAAAUUGCUGUCGGGGUUUUUAUGCAGCAAAGUCAGGUUCGCAUUAUUGGAGCCAAUGCAGCUACCCAGCAACCAGAGAAGACAGUAGCCCUCAUUGACUUGGUUCCCCUCGGAGAAAAGUUUGAUAACACCACAGCAUUUUUGACUUCCCAGAGAUUUUGGCAUAAACAAGUUGUUAUAAAAGCAUCCUACUUUGGUGACUAUGAUGUACUAUAUGUGCGCUAUCCAGGUUUACCCCCAUCUCCACCAUCUUCGGAUGUUGAUGUAAUAUAUGAAGGACCAUAUCCUGGUAACAACAAUAAUGGAAGGACGGUAAAGCCCCUCGGGGUUGAUGUGCACAAGAGGAGGAAUAAAAAUGGGCUUAGUGGUGGGAUAAUUGCUAUUAUUGCUUUGUCUACCUUUGCAGCAGUUGCUUUAUGCUCUGCUGCUGCUUGGGUUUUUCUGUUCAAACAUGGAGACCGUGCUUCUGAACCAACACCAACUCCACAGGCUUUGCUACCUUCUGUUGGCAAACCAUCAGGUACUGCUGGGUCUAUGAUGGAAAGUAGGCACAGUUCCGUGUCGUUAUCAUUUGGAUCUAGCAUUGCAACAUAUACAGGAUCUGCUAAUACUUUUAGUGCAAGUGACAUUGAGAGAGCCACUGACAAUUUUGACCCUUCAAGAAUACUUGGGGAAGGUGGCUUUGGGCGUGUUUAUAGUGGUGUUCUUGAAGAUGAGACCAAGAUUGCUGUCAAAGUUCUAAAAAGAGACGAUCAGCAGGGUGGUCGGGAGUUUUUGGCUGAAGUUGAGAUGCUUAGUCGCCUUCAUCAUCGAAAUUUGGUCAAGUUGAUUGGCAUAUGCACAGAAGAGCAUAGCCGUUCCUUGGUUUAUGAGCUCAUUCCUAAUGGCAGUGUGGAAUCUCAUUUGCAUGGAAUUGACAAGGACACUGCUCCACUUAAUUGGGCACACCGCAUGAAGAUAGCACUUGGUGCUGCUCGGGGUCUGGCAUAUCUACAUGAGGAUUCCAGUCCCCGUGUCAUACACAGGGAUUUCAAAGCCAGCAAUAUUUUGUUGGAAGAUGAUUUUACUCCAAAAGUGUCCGACUUUGGUUUGGCACGGACCGCCAUGGAUGAGGAAAAUAGACACAUAUCAACCAGGGUCAUGGGAACUUUUGGGUAUGUGGCUCCAGAAUAUGCAAUGACUGGGCAUCUUCUUGUCAAGAGUGAUGUAUACAGCUACGGUGUUGUCCUUCUUGAACUCUUAACUGGAAGAAAACCAGUGGACAUGUCACAGCCACCUGGUGAAGAAAACCUAGUUGCAUGGGCCCGGCCACUCCUCACAAGUAAAGAAGGAUUGGAAGCAAUGAUAGAUCCAAAUCUAGGAGAUGUCCCAUUUGACAGUAUUGCUAAAGUGGCAGCUAUUGCUUCAAUGUGCGUACAACCGGAGGUAUCACAUCGUCCUUUCAUGGGUGAAGUUGUUCAGGCCUUAAAACUGGUGUGCAAUGAGUUUGAUGAGGCAAAAGAAAUAGGUUCAAGGAGUUCUAGUCGAGACGAUUUGUCCAUCGAUGUGGCUGCUGAAGCAAGCACUGCCUCAGGACAGUUGCCAGAUACUUUCCAAGGCCAAUACUCCAUACUUACCUAUGAUUCCGAUCUUGAGACAGAGAGGGAAGGAUCGCCGUUGAAGCUGUUCAGUACAUCAAUGAGCAGGGGGAGGCAAGAUUCUGAAUCCUUUAGGAGGCACUCCAGUUCAGGUCCUCUGGGAACAGGAAGGAGUAAGCAGUUCUGGGAGAGACUGAGGAGAUCAUCCGGGGGCAGCGUGAGUGAGCACGGGUUUAUGUUGAAGUUAUGGCAAGGAUCCCAUUGAAUGCUUGCAAAGUUACACUUUUUUACGAUGAUGGGUUACUUGUUCGAUCCAAUCUCAGAUUUCCCAUGUAAAAAAGCAGGCAUUCACUUCAUGUUCUGCUGCAGGCAAGAAUUCAAGAAUGGCCUGCAGUAUGGGAACUGAGAUAUAAAGCAAGUUGUGCACUUGUGCUGAAUGGAAAUGCAAUUUGGAUCAACCUCAAUAAACACAUCAAAAUGGUAACAGGAGCUACUGAAUUGUCAGAGUUGAAGAUCAAAAUUUUUGGACAGAGGCUA